CGGCAUCGCCGCCAUUGGCAUGCUCUCAUCGUCGUAAGCAUCUUAUGGUACUUCAUUGCCACGACAUCUCUAUUCUACACAGGGGGUUGGAUCUACAAUUGGCUCGCAUACCUGUUCAUGGGCUACCUCGUCCUUUGUAUGAUUGGACUCACGCGAGUGAUUCAGGCGUACAGAGCAGGAAACGGUCGUAUUAGAUGGUCUCUACAGAUGAUCCUUAUGGGAAUGUGCGUUUGGGCAGAUUUAGCAGAAGUUCUUGACAUACCUUGGGCACUUGUGACAUAUCUGUACAUGUUUCUGACAUCGAACAUGAGUAUCAAAUGGUUGAGAGGCUCGUGGUUCUGGUUGGACAAACGAAUGAGGGGUCUACACAGAACUUCAGAGUUGUCAAAUACGACUGUAUAGGCAAAUGGUUGCGUGUUGUGGGUCGCCGAUAUACCUUCUACUGAGAGC